AUGCCUCAUGUCACACUAUACCCAUUAGAAAACUACACAUUCGGUACCAAAGAUGCACAACCGGAGGAGGACCCUUCAGUAGCAGCACGUUUAAAACGUCUUGAAAACGACUACGAAGCUCAAGGCAUGCGACGAACGGUGGAAGCUGUAUUGGUGGUGCAUCAACAUGACCAUCCUCAUGUGCUCAUGCUUCAGAUUGCCAACGCCUUUUUCAAGCUUCCUGGCCAUUAUCUUCAACCCGGUGUCGAUGAAAGAGAAGGACUCAAGCAAAUAUUGAAUGAACGACUCGGUCCUGCAGAUCCAGCAGAAUGGGCCAAGGAACCCGAAUGGGAGAUUGGUGAAUGUCUUUCUACAUGGUGGCGACCCAAUUUCGAGUCUUACAUGUAUCCAUACGUUCCUGCCCACGUCACAAAACCAAAGGAAAAGAAAAUGCUGUUUCUUGUUCACAUGCCGGCUCACAAAGUGUUGUCAGUGCCCAAAAACAUGAAGUUACUUGCUGUCCCACUCUUUGAAUUGUAUGACAAUGCCACAAGAUAUGGAGGACAAUUGUCAGCCAUACCUCAUUUGUUGAGUCGUUAUGAUUUCGCAUGCCAAAGUUAA